AUGGCAAACAUCCUGUCACUUUCACAGUCAUCUCUUCUGAUAUCAUCCCGCCCCUCCCCACCAAGGAGGGUACACCUCAUCACCAACCGCCACUCAGCCUCACCCGCUACACACUCCCCCGUCCUUUUCUCAUCAGCAAACCGAAACCCGAAUUCCUUCACAACCAUCCAAGCCCGAGCCGCCUCGGACUCCAAGGUCCCGACCAACUUCACAGUCGACUCAGCCGGCGGAGGCUUCGACAUCAUGCCGGACUCCGGCGGCUCCGACGACAAUUUUAAAGGCAACAGCGGCGGAGGAGGCGACGGGAACGGAGGUGGGCCAUCCGGUGGGGGUCAAGACGAAGGUGGGGCCCACGAGAAAAAACCUCCCGGCCUUUCCAUGUCACAAAAGCUCACGUUGGGAUACGCUGGGCUGAUCGUGAUAGGCGGGAUGGCAGGUUAUGUGAAGGCCGGGAGCGUGAAAUCGCUGGCGAGUGGCCUGGUCUCGGCAUUCGUGUUGGGUUGGGUUUACAAUCUGCUGCCUCAGGCCCCUGUGCAGGCCUCGAUUCUGGGGCUUGGGGUGUCGGCCUUGCUGCUGGUGGUGAUGGGAGGAAGAUUCUGGAAGUCGGGGAAGGUGUUUCCGGCAGGAGUGGUGGCGUUCACGUCGCUGGUGAUGAGCGGCGGGUAUUUGCACGGGAUAUUACGUAGCUUGCACUGA